AUGCAGUCGUUGACGGCUGUAGGGGCCUCGCAGGGCGACGUCGGAGGCCGACGAAGUGGAUUGGCGCCGAUGUCGGCGACUCACGUGACGACGGGGGGAAUCGCGCCGAGCUACGGCUACUUCAAGUUUACACCGGAUAGGAAUCCUCACCUGGAAGGAAGCCAUCGAGCCUCAGCUGGAGAUGGCCGGGCUGAUGGGCUUCGCCGCCGGCACCCAACGCCGUCGGAGAACAAUCCCGACUUGCGUGCGGAGUUUCGCGUUGUGCAGCUGCUGACCUUCACGGUCAUUUCGCGGUGCUGCUCGCCGGGCGUGCAGAUCGCCUUGAAGCCGUGUAGGGACUACCUGGACGCCGGCCACCAGGCGUGGCACUUCAUCGAGUCGACGUACCAGGUCACCGACGACCUGUACAUCGGCCAGCUCGAGGAGCAGAUGACGCAUCUGCGGAUGGGCGACCAGGAGACUGCGACCGAUUACUGCAACCGGGCUCGGCGACUUCUCGCCACCAUGAAAAUGUCCGGCGUGCAGUACUCCACGGCGUCGUAUGUCACGCACGUCCUGAAGGGACUCCCAAGCAGCUACAACCUGCUGAAGCGGCUGUCGGUGGUGCCGAGCACGCGGGCAACGCUGAACGAGGACUCCUCGACCUCGUACAUCCUGCGGGACGAGGCGAUGCAGGAAGCUGAGCGGUCCUCGGAGCUCCUGCCGCAGGUGAACUACGCCGCCCCGGCGAAGCAUAGUGGCCGACCGGGACAGCGUGGUCAGCCUGGCGGCGGUGGUAGCAGUGGCGGGAAGCCGGGGAGGGACGCCGACAAGACGAAGUUGGCCAAGGACGGCGGUCGCGGAGGAGGAGGUCGGCGUCGGGAGUGCUGGAUUUGUCACAGCCGUGACCACCUCUCCUUUGAGUGCCCCGACCAAAGUGAGUCCGACAAUGAUGACGCCAAGGGAGGUCGUGGAAGGUCGGCCAGCCGUCGUCCACGUCGGGAAAGCAAGCCGCGCAAGGAGAAGCAGUCGAACAAGUCGACCUCGGCGAAGGACGCCGACUCCUCUGCUAGCGGCAAGGGGCGAGGCGACGGGGAGGCGUCGUGCUCGCUGGUCGGCGUCAUGGAGCCGACCGUCUCGCUGGCGCCGAAGGCCGGCGAGAAUUUCCAGGCGGUGGCAGCAGCCGUGCAGGCGAACCCGGCGGUGGUCCUGCUCGACAGCGGCUGCUCACAUCACCUGAUGGGGACGAAGGAGGUCUUCGUCGACCUGCAGCCGAGCGACAACAUUAAAUACGUGCGCGGCUUCAGUGGGGCGCUGCAGGACAUCAAGGGACGGGGCACUGUUGCGCUACAAGGGGAGGUCGGAAAGCGGGUGCUCAUCCCCGAUGUGUUGUACGUCCCGAGCAUGCAUGCGAACUUGCUGUCGGCCGGUCAGCUGAAGGAGAACAGCGUGGAGCUGCAGGCCGACGGCAACAGGAUGCUGCUCAUCUCGGCAACCGGCAACGUCCUCGGCCGAGCAACCUGGCGCGGCACAGUUUCCCCGACAAAGGCGAGGACGCCCGAGGACGCCCUGGCCGUCGUGCACAUCGACCUGUGCGGGCCGUUUCGUGUGGCCGCCAAGGAUGGCAGCUUGUACUUCCUGCUGCUGAAGGACCGCAAGACCCGCUACGUGUGGGUGAAGCCGGUCGCCAGGAAGUCCGACGUGCUGCGGGAGUUCGCGCAGUGGCUGGUGUUGGUUGAGCGGCAGGCAAAGAAGCCGGUGCUGCAGCUGCAAUCAGAUCGGGGAGGGGAGUUCCUUGGGAAAGAGUUCACCGCCUUCAUGGACGGCAAGGGGAUUAUCCACGACCUGACCUGCCCGUACACCCCGCAGCAGAACGGCAUGGCGGAGCGGGAGAUGAGGACGGUGGUGGAGUCGGUGCGGACGAUGCUGUUGCACAUGGGCGUGCAGCACCACUGGUGGCACCUCGCCCUGCGCCAGGCCGUUUGGCUGAAGCCAAAGGACCUAUGGGGUCUCCACCUCGGCGUGUCGGAGGAGAGCAAGGGCUGGGAGCUCCUCGACCUCGCCGACAACCAGGUGGUCACCACGUCGGACGUGGUGUUCUACGAAACCAUGUCGCUGGAGGUGUGGAAGUCGAUGCACGGGCCGGCGUUGGGGCGGCCGCUGGCUACCUCGCCGUCGGACACCUCCACCGCGACACUCCCCCUGCUCGCCGAGGUCAGUGAGCGUGCUGAUGAGGACGCCGAGGAGGUCGUUCCUCCUCCCGUCGCCGUUCCGCAUGCGCUGACACCGACGUCGGCCUCCGGCGAUGAGGGGAGCAGUGGGGCGUCUCCUGUGGCGCCGACCACGGGCAUCGCCGGUGGCCGACGAGACGUGAACCAAGUCGGCGUGGAUGCAGAGCAGCAGGCCGAGGAGCCAAUGCCGUCACAGGGGGCGGCUGUAGGGAAGCUGCCGACAGGGGAGCAGAGGACAAUGGAGCCGACAGGGAAGCUGUCAGCAACAAGGAUGUCAGUGGGGGAGCCGACAAUAGGGGAGAAGUCCGCUGAGACGCCGGCUUUGGUGCAGCGGGACGCCGAGGACUGUGAAGCCGGUGAAGCUAAAGGGGAGCAGUCAAACGACGGGCAGUCCACUGACAGUGAUGUGGUGGAGGUCAAGCCUGGGCCACGGCGUACAGGCCGAAUUCGGAGGCCGCCCGACUUCUUCGUCCCGGCCGCCUUCACCACGGUGUAUGACAUCGACGACGACGACCUGGCGUACGACGACGCCGAGGAGGAUGAGGACCUGCCGGAGCUCGACCCUGACAUGCACGCCGACCCCGAGCACCGUUGGGACAUCUCCACGAUGACGGUGAAGGAGGCGCUGGCGAGCUGGAAGGGCAAGGCAGUGAAGGCCGCAAUGGACGAGGAGAUACAGAGCCUCAUCGCGAACGGCACGUGGCAGCUCGUUGAGCGGCCUCCCAGCGUCAACAUUAUGAAGAACCGGUGGGUGUUGACGACGAAGUACCGCAUCGAUAACAUCGUAGAGCGCAAGAAGGCGAGGCUAGUCGUGAAAAGCUUCACGCAGGUGUAUGGCACCGACUACGACGAGACGUACGCGCCGGUGAGCAGCUACGUCACGCUGAGGAUCUUCCUCAGCAUCGUCGCCGUCCUCGACCUCAACCUGAUGCAGCUGGACAUGAAGAAUGCCUUCCUGCAGAGCAAGCUCGACUGCGUGCUUUACAUGUGCCAGCCGGACCGGACUACUUCCACGACGGGACCGGCGCUCAACAACGUGCUGGUAGGCGCCGGAUGGAAGAAGAGCCAGGUCGACGAGGCUCUGUACUUCAAAGUCGGCGUCGACAAGGUGGCCUGUUGGGUGCUGGUCUACGUCGACGACCUGCUCGCCGCCAGCAGCAGCACCGCGAUGCUGAGGGAGCUGAAGGAGCUGCUGGAGGCCACCUUCGAGCUGCGCGAGAUUUCGCCAGUGCAGAAGUACCUCGGCCUGGAGAUCGUGCGCGACAGGCCGGCGAGGAAGCUGUGGCUGCACCAGCAGGGCUACGCCGACAAGCUGCGUAGGCGUUUCAUCGACGAGGAGCAGGGCGGUCGGACCCCGAAGACGCCGGUCUCGGUCGACGCCUACGCCAAGCUCACCUUCGACGACGAGGAGGCGCAGGAGCGACAGGAGGAGGAGUACCGGCAGAAGGUCGGCUCGCUGCAGUUCGCGGCGACGACGACGAGGCCGAACAUCGCCUUCGCCUGCAGCAAGCUGGGGAGCGGCCUCACGGUGAGGAGCGACCAACACUGGCGCGAGGUUGACCGCUGCCUCGCCUACCUCGCCAACACGCGCGACACCGCCCUGGAGUUCGGCAGUGGUCUGGGGUCGCUGGAGCUUGUCGGCUACGUGGACGCCGACGACGCCAGCGACAAGCAGAACCGGACGAGCACGGGCGGCUACGUGUUUGUCUACGGAGGGGCCGCAGUCUCCUGGUCGAGCCAGCGCAUCAAGUGCGCGACGCUCUCGUCGACCGAGUCGGAGUACGUGGCGGCAACCGAAGUUGGGAAGGAGGGACGCCGACUUCGCUUCCUCCUCGCAGAGUUCCGGCAGCUGGACGCUGGGAAGCCGACUGUCCUUCAGGUGGACAACAAGUCGGCCAUCACAGUCGCCGGGGGCAUGGGGUUGACGGGCAACCUCAAGCACAUGGAGUGA